AUGAGCGAGUCCAAGCAGCUCCCCAACAACAUUGGCGCGUACCAGCCCGGGCCCCUGCCUGAGGCGCCCCGCCCCAUGGCCCCCUUCCCCGCCCAGAGCGCCGAGUACCCGACCUACAUGCCCCUCCAGGCCGUGACCAUCGGCAGCGAGCUCAAGCAGGAGGGAUCUGAGCGCCAGGCCCAGCUCUUCAAGCCCAUCACGAUCCGCGGCGUUACCUGGCCGAACCGCAUGUGGGUCGCGCCGAUGUGCAUGUACUCGUCUGACGACGGCAAGGCGACUGACUUCCACCUCGUGCACCACGGCUCCAUGGCCCUGCGCGGCUGGGGCAACCUGAUGAUUGAGGCGACGGGUGUCGUUCCCGAGGGCCGCAUCUCGCCGCAGGACAUGGGUAUCUGGUCCGACGAGCACAUUGCGCCGCUGAAGCGCGUCGUGGACUUUGUGCACGCCCAGGGUGCCAAGAUCGGCAUCCAGCUUGCUCACGCGGGCCGCAAGGCCUCCACGAAUGCGCCGUGGGUGCAGCGCCUCGCGACGGAGAACGGGUGGAAGGGCGGCGAGGUCGCGCCCUCUUCCGUCGGCGGAUGGCCCGAGAAUGUGACCGGCCCCAGUGCGAUCCCGUACGACGACGCGAACCCCGACCCGCGCGAGGCCUCUGUCGCGUACAUCCAGAGCAUUGUCGAGGCGUUCGGCGCGGCGACCGAGCGCUGCAAGAAGAUCGGCUUCGACUACAUCGAGAUCCACGGCGCGCACGGGUACUGGAACCACAACUUCUGCGACCCGCUCAGCAACCACCGCACCGACGCGUAUGGCGGCAGCUUUGAGAAGCGCACACGCAUGUCGCUCGAGGUCGUUGCCGAGGUGCGCAGGCGCUGGUCCGGCCCGCUCCUGUACCGCAUCAGCGCGACGGACUGGCUCGAGUACACCGGCCCCGAGAAGCUGGAGACCCCCAAGGGCGAGGAAGAGUGGGCGUACUGGGGCAUCGAGCAGACGACGUUGCUGGCGGCCAAGCUGCGCGAUGCGGGCGUAGACCUCCUCGACGUCUCCAGCGGCGGUAACGACGGCAGGGGCCGUAUCGACGUCCGCCCCGGAUACCAGGUGCCGUAUGCCGAGCACGUGAAGAAGAACGUCCCGGGCCUGCUUGUCGGUGCCGUUGGCCUGAUCACCGACUCGGAGCAGGCCGAGACGAUCCUCGCCACCGGCCAGGCCGACGUCGUCCUCUUCGGCCGUGAGGUCCUGCGCGGGGUCGACUUCCCCCUCGACGCCGCGGUCAAGCUCGGCGUCGCCGCCGCCCCCGCUGUGCAGUACGAGCGUGCGUGGGGCCGCAUGCUCAAGCACGUCCCCGCCGUCAGCGCCGUGCCCCCAGUCAAGCCGCUCGACGAGCAGAAGGAGCAGUAA